GAAGAUUGCAAACUUUCAACUAUUUCUAAUUCUUCUCUGUCAUUUAAGAGGCUUUCAAGGUGCACUGUACAUCCCACACCAGCUCUUACUCAUAGAGGAAAUCUGAUCUGCUACAGCACGGAAACGUCAGCGGUGACCACGGCGAGACAAAUUCCUUAGGGAGCUGCCUGUUUUUAAGCCAAGUGUUCAUGAUAUGAUCCAGCUGGCUUAUAGGGAUCAACAACCCCCUUGUGAAUAAUGGUUAAAAACGGAUCCCACCUGGACGUUGAAACGGUGGCAAUGCUCCAGAAUAAAGCUAUCUCCAUCACCCUCCCAGUUGUGUAUACACUGGUGGCCUUGAUCAGUAUCCCUGGCAACUUGUUCUCCCUUUGGGUGCUCUGCUGGCACAUCAAACCCAAAACACCUUCUGUUAUCUUCAUGAUCAACCUAAGCAUCACGGACCUCAUGCUGGCCAGCUGCUUUCCCUUCCAGAUUUCUUAUCACAUCCAAAGCAAUCACUGGAGCUUUGGCAAGACUCUUUGCAGCCUCGUGACUGUGAUGUUCUACUCCAACAUGUAUUCUUCCAUACUGACCAUGACCUGUAUCAGCAUCGAGCGGUACAUGGGUGUGGUAUAUCCCAUGAAGUUGAUCAAGUGGAGAAGAAAAAGAUAUGCCUUGGCUGCCUGCCUAGGCAUGUGGAUUUUCUUGCUACUAGCCUUCUACCCACUAGAAAGCACAGAUCUGACCUAUGAAGUGAAAGAACUAGGGAUUAUAACCUGUUUUGAUGUCCUCAAAUGGGAUAUGCUGCCCAACUUUGCAGCCUGGGUAGCCUUUCUCCUCACGCUAUUUGUUGUGCUCUUCCUGAUCCCUUUUGUUGUAACAGUCGGAUGCUAUAUUGGUACCAUCCGGAAGCUUAUUCAGACAUCAAACAGAUAUGGUAACAGGCAGAAGACUAGAUCCAUAUACCUGGCGAUGAUAGUCCUUUCAGUAUUCAUCACUUGCUUCGCUCCCAAUAACUUUAUCCUACUUGCACAUAUGAUCAUCCGCCUGUUUUAUGGCAGGAGUUUGUACCCUGCCUAUAAGCUCACCUUGUGCCUCAGUUGCCUCAACAACUGCAUAGAUCCCUUCAUUUAUUAUUUUGCAUCCAAAGAAUUUUACCAGAAAUUCAUGCAAGUGUUUCGCCCUCAGGUACUGCUCAGUGACAGUUUGGAAAACAGAAGGGAAAGCUUAUUCUCUGGCAGGACCGUGUCAGCCAGGUCAAUGUCAAGCGGACCUAUGGAUGGUUUAGAGGGAGUAAACGUCUAUUUGCAAAGGCAGGAAAGUGUUUUUUAGCCUUAGACAUCCCCAGAAGAAAGGCACCUGUGAGAUCCAUGAGUAGACACAGAAAACAUUUCUUUUUGAAUGGCUGCACUCAAAAUAUCUUGCUCCAGUGACAGAACUCAAGCCAUCCUACUUCAGUAUUUUCUGGUAAGAAAUGGAAGCAUUAAAAGACCCGAGUUCAAGAAGCCACUGAAGCAAACCCAGCAUUGGUAAUUAGGGGCUGGCCUGGAAUUAGUCUUACUGCAUGAAACCAAGGGAUAAGUUUAGAACAAAAAUUACUUUCAGGUUGUAUGAUCUCAGUGUUUAACCAAAUGCUUGUGAUUCUCAAUGAAUGUGAAAUAUUACUGUAUGUGAAUUAGAGGAUACACUGAAGUUGGAUUUGGGGUAGGGGAGUUAUUUUUCUAAGCAAUGUGCUGGGUUGGGGUUUUUUUUGUUGGGUUUUUUUUUGAUGUAUUGCUUUCUCUCUUGUAUUUCUAUAAAAGAAUGAGUAAAAAUAGCGUGU